UGUCGAAAUUUUUAGUAUCCCACUCCGUUCGAUCGACUACAGUUGAAAAAUGUCACGUCUUUUGCUGCAGGGCCGUAGGACUUUGUUGAUCCUUCGCCAUGAAACCACCGUGAAAAACGAGGUUGGACUAUUUAGCAAGCUGCUGGACAAGUGCUCACUCCGCGGAAAAGAGGAAAAAUCCGAGGUGGCUGAGGAGGAGGAACAGAAGCGUUCUUAGAAAACCAAAGAGCCCGAUAAAGACUGCGCGUAAUGGAGGAAAAUUACCAUAUUGUUGCCGGGGGCCUAACAUGAAUGGGGUCCAUUUUACGGACAGAUCAUAAAACUGAACGCGUACAGACAUUAUAAAGCCAUAAAGCAGCAACUAAAAUCCGGCAAAAAUAGCUAUAGAAGAACGAGUGAUAAAACAAAAUUUCCAUUGCCAGUUUACGCUGGACAACCCUCCAGUCGCGACGUCGGCCUGGGAUAGGCCACACUGACCAGGGAGGUGUAUCAAAAUUUUAGGCGAAAACAUCGAAGAAAUGCAAAGAAUUUUGAAUAAUAA